UCACAGUCUUCGCCUCGGAGGACGGGGGAUGGAGUUUGAUAGAUCUGCGACAGAGGGCAAUUAACGUAGAGGUCAACGUGUCCGAUGUUACGAUGUUUCUGUACACGCAGCGAAAUAAGGAUGAAGGCGUCGAGGUGAAACUGGAUGAGCUGACUAUUGAUACGAAUUACUUCGAUCCCAGCAAAAUCUGUUUCUUCGUGUCCCAUGGCUACACCGAGAAUUACUUGGGAAGCAACAACGUGCCAAUAAGGGACGCAAUCCUAUCAAAACACGACGUCAAUGUAUUCCUACUAGAUUGGAGUAAAUUUUCUUCGCUGUUCUAUACGACUUCCGUAGUAGCAGUCCCUAAAAUAGGUGCAGUUUUUGGAAAUGCUAUAGAAAACCUUAUGGAGAAGUACGGGAUGAGUUACGAGCAAAUACAUCUUUGCGGGCACAGCUUAGGCGCACACGUUGUGGGAGCUAUUGGUGCUACAAUGGGUGGCAAUGCAGAUCGUAUCAUAGCCACGGAUCCAGCCCUUCCUCUCUUCUGGUUAAACGAUACCGAGAAACGGUUGGAUAUUAGUGACGCUAAAUUUGUCCAGGUUAUACAUACGAACGGAGGUUUACAAGGAUUCCGGAGUUCCAUAGGGCACGCGGAUUAUUUCCCGAACGGUGGAGGAAUGAAUCAGCCCGGAUGUGGUUCAGAUCUGUUAGGGAAUUGUGCUCAUGCUAGGGCUCAUAAAUAUUACAGCGAAUCGAUCCUUACAUCUCGUUUCGUCGCGAAACGCUGUCCCAGCUACGAAGACUUCCAGCUGAAUCGCGGUUGCGACUCAGAGUCUCUACUCGGAGAGUUCUUCACAGAUAAAAAGCAGUACUACAGUGACGAGGAGAGGACGGGCGUGGACGUGGACGGACAGAGGUUUAUUGUAAUGCAAGAUGAAUCGGGAGUGGUACAUUUGGUUGAUUUGCAUGCGAGGGCCGCAGGUGCAGUGGCAAACAUAUCGGACGUGACUGUAUUUUUCUAUACACAAACGAACCCCACGAACCCUAUCGAGAUAAAAGUAGAACAGUUCGAUGGCUUCAUCAAGUCCGAUCUGUUCGAUUCUAGGAAGGACAUUGUUUUCACGACGCAUGGCUGGGGAGGAUCGCAUACCAGCAAAACGAAUAUCUUCACCAAAGAUGGAAUUUUAGCUCAUUACGAUGUUAACGUAUUCGUUAUUGAUUGGUUCCGACCUGCAAACGAGUUUUACACGGUCGCCAAACUUUCCGUUCCGAUUGUUGGAAAGAUCAUGGGCAAUUUUAUUAAUAAUUUGAUGGAAAAAAAUGGCAUCCAAGCAAGGCAGAUUGUUAUCGUUGGUCAAAGCUUAGGAGGACAACUCAUUGGGUCUAUUGGAAGCAAUAUGAAGGUGAAGCCUAGCGCGUUGGUGGCUUUGGACCCAGCUCAACCUCUGUUCUUUGUCGACGAUGAUCCAGACACUCGCCUGGACGCUUCGGACGCUGAAUUCGUUGAGGUCAUCCAUACGAACGCCGGAUUCCUAGGAUUCAAGAGUUCAAUAGGUCACGCGGAUUACUACCCCAAUGGCGGCGGUAUGCGGCAACCAGGAUGCGGUCCAGACAUACUGGGCACCUGUGCUCAUUACAGAGCUUACUAUUAUUACGGUGAAGCCCUUCUCACAUCUGGGUUCAAGGCGCACAGAUGCGAUAGCUACGAGAAAUACCAAGCUGGGAAUUGCAGUGAGAACUCGGUUUCGUACAUGGGUGUCUAUCCAGUUCACAACCAGGCCCGAGGAGACUAUUAUUUGAAUACGGCUGCAUCCGAACCCUUUGCACUUGGAUGAGUGCUUC